AUAUUGUACUUACCCAAGAAUAUACCUCUUACAACCACUUUUACAUUCAUUCUCACACCAUUUCAAUCAGCAGACAUGAAUUUUUAGUGAGCUUGUUUGACUAUACAGAAAAGACAGAAAAACUCCUUGCUAAAAUCAAGGUGUCAGAAGUUUCACAUAAAAUCUGAUUUGUCAUUAGCAGAUGGUCCAUGGGAAUCUUCAUAACUAUAAUAAUUUAUGGUUAAAGAAGAACAUAUUCCCUUCUGGCCUCUGCAUGCAAUACUUAUCAUGAACGUUGAUCUUUGACAAUUUAAUUAGAUCCAGAGACAGGAAGCUCUGAAACUUCCUUUUAAUAUGUUUUAAUGGAAAACUAAAAUAUCCCUGCUAAAAUGGGGAUUCAAGUCAAUUUCUAUGACAGUUGUUUGGGCGAUCUUUAGAGGACAAAUGUGUGCUGCAUGGGACCCAAAAAUCAUGUUGGAACAAAAUGGAAAGGGUGUGUUUUAGUCAAUUUCAUGACAGCCGGGCAGUACAUUCACACACACAUGGGGAAGCAAGGAAUCAUUAUUAACUACUGGCAGCCUUGUCUGGCAAUGGACCCAAAAGAAGAACCUCACCUCAUCAAGCUAAAUAGCACAUUUAUUAUAGAUGGUAUUGUGGGUUGUUCAUACCACAGGAUCUCUCAUGUUGGAUAGAAAAGGAAACCAGUCAAUCAAUGCUAACCUUGGAUAGUGGAAAAAAUUAUUGCGGGUGUACAGAGUUGCAUUCAUUCCUGGUCGGCUGCUCGUUUCAUGAUGUUCUAGUUGGUUACCAGUAUUUGAAGCUUCCAUUGGAUAAUCGGCUCUGGACAAAUGAUUAAUUAUAUACUAAUGUGAACCUCUCAGUGCACAGCAUAUAAGUUUCAUCCCAGAGGAGGAUUUGUAUCGAGUAUAAAAUUUGCUCAAAAUUUGUAGAGCCAAUGAGAAUACUAACUGAGCAUUUGCUUAGCCAUUGGACCGAAUACUUGCUGCUUGCAAUUAGUCUGACGGUGUGUCUCCAGAAUCUGCUCGAAUGGAAGAGAAGAAAACAGUUGAAGCUUCCUCCUGGUCCAAGAGGAUGGCCCAUCGUGGGCAACCUGUUACAAAUUGGCCCGGUUCCCCAUUCGGGUAUGAAGAAAUUUACUCAAAAAUAUGGUCCUCUUGUUUACAUUCAUAUUGGAAUGGUGCCUGCAGUUGUGACAGAUGACCCCAAGUAUGUGAAGGAGUUCUUAUUGAAGCAAGACCGUAUUUUUGCUUCAAGGCCCAAGAAUAUUGCUUCAGAGCACUUCACAUUUGGGGGCAAUGAUAUUGCUUUUGCUCCUUAUGGUCCGCAUUGGAAAGCAGUCAGAAAAAUUUGCUUAAUGGAGCUUCUGACUACAAAGAAGAUGGAUUUUUUCAGACAAGGAAGAAUUGAAGAAGUCCAGUGCAUGGUGAGGGAUGUAUACAAGGCAUCUUUUGAAGGUAAAAGUAUUGACAUGAGGAACUUAUUUGGGGCUCUCACAAGCAAUGCUAUUACCAGGAUGGUGUUGGGCCAAAGGUUUUUUGGCCUAAAAGGUGCAGGUCCUGAAGUAGCUGCUGAACACAAGGCCAAAAUUUACGAGUCAUUUUCCCUAAUUAAUGCAUUCAAUAUUGGAGAUUAUCUUCCUUUCUUGAGGCCUCUGGAUCUACAGGGCCAUGAAAGACGGAUGAAAGAAAUAAUGAAGUGGGUUGACAACUUAUAUGGUUCAAUAAUUCAGGAGCAACGCCUUGAAUUCAAAAAAGGCAGUGAAACUGAGCCCUUAAACUUUGUUCACACACUGCUAGAAGCUGAAAGUCGGGAGAAGAACUUAAACGAGAUGAAGAUUAAAGCCAUUCUAAUUGAUAUAGUUGCUGCGGGAACAGAUACUUCUUCUGUUACUAGUGAAUGGACAAUGGCUGAGCUCUUGAGGCACCCUGAAUAUAUGACCAGAGUACGUGAGGAAAUUGAUGCAAUUGUUGGCCAUGGGCGCCAUGUAGAAGAGUCUGAUUUGGCGCAUUUGAGAAUUUUGAGGGCUGUGGUUAAGGAAGUAUUCAGGCUUCAUCCUGUGGGUGGCUUUCUUAUCCCUCACAUAUCCAUGAAAGAUACAAAAGUACAAGGCUUUGACAUACCCAAGAACACCAGGAUCCUUAUCAACACUUAUUCACUGGGAAGGAACCCUGCAGUUUGGUCAAACCCCGAUGAUUUUGAGCCCCAAAGAUUCAUCACAGAUGACAUGAGCCAUGUGGAAUUCAAUGAUCCUGAUUGCAGAAUUGUCCCAUUUGGAGCAGGAAGGAGAGGUUGUCCAGGGGCAGCUCUAGGAAUGAAUGUGGUUCUACUGGGUUUGGCUCGUCUGAUUCAUCUUUUCAACUGGUUUCCUCUUUCCAAAGAGAAACUGGAAGAUUCUGACAUGGUGGAAGCUUUAGGGUAUACAGUGAAAAGUGUACCUCUUGAAGCAAUUGUGAAACCCAGACUAGAAUCAGUACUAUAUCAGUAAAGGCAAAUAGAGGUGUUUCAAUAUCAGACUCCCGAUACUCUUUGAUAUAUGAAUGUGAUGUCUUCAAUCCCCAUAAUAAGCCAAGGGAGGUCGAUUAGAUUUCCUAUGUAUAAGGUUGCAGAUGAGAUCAACCAACCUUGAUUCCAAUAGCUCACGAGGAGAAUCAAGUACAGCAACUUUUUCUGUCAACAUGUCCGUAGCUAGUAUUACAAAACCAAUCAAGCUUACAAAGUACAGCAACUUGUAGAGUUAAAACACUAUAUUCAAAAUUUGCUUUGUAUAGAGAGUAUGGGGACCACUUUCAGUUCUCAAAUAAGAGAUUAUAUCUGUAAUUUGAAAUAAAUUGAGUUGUAUCUUGAACCAAGCCACUACAAUUUAAAACUCAAAUUAAUUAACAAAUUUUCUUGAUAAUUUUUA